AUGACUUAUUCAGAGACACCGCUCAUCCCGAGCAAAAACGUCUUAUUCAGAGACUCCGCUCAUCCCGAGCAAAACCGUCUUAUUCAGAGACACGCUCCAUCCCGAGCAAAAACGUCUUAUUCAGAGACACGCUCCAUCCCGAGCAAAAACGUCUUAUUCAGAGACACCGCUCCAUCCCGAGCAAAAACGUCUUAUUCAGAGACACCGCUCCAUCCCGAGCAAAACCGUCUUAUUCAGAGACACCGCUCAUCCCGAGCAAAAACGUCUUAUUCAGAGACUCCGCUCAUCCCGAGCAAAAACGUCUUAUUCAGAGACACCGCUCAUCCCGAGCAAAACCGUCUUAUUCAGAGAUACCGCUCAUCCCGAGCAAAAACGUCUUAUUCAGAGACUCCGCUCAUCCCGAGCAAAAACGUCUUAUUCAGAGACACCGCUCAUCCCGAGCAAAACCGUCUUAUUCAGAGACACCGCUCCAUCCCGAGCAAAAACGUCUUAUUCAGAGACACCGCUCCAUCCCGAGCAAAAAUGACUUAUUCAGAGACACAGCUCCAUCUGGAGCAAAAAUAUCUCAUUCAGAGACACCGCUCCUUCCCGAGCAAAAAUGUCUUAUUCAGAGAUCCCGCUCAUCCCAUGCAAAACCGUCUUACUCAGAGACACCGCUCAUCCCGAGCAAAAAUGUCUUACUCAGAGACACCGCUCAUCCCGAGCAAAAAUGUCUUAUUCAGAGACACCGCUCCAUCCCGAGCAAAACCGUCUUACUCAGAGACCCCGCUCAUCCCGAGCAAAACCGUCUUACUCAGAGACCCCGCUCAUUCCGAGCAAAAAUGUCUUACUCAGAGACACCGCUCAUCCCGAGCAAAAAUGUCUUAUUCAGAGACCCCGCUCCAUCCCGAGCAAAACCGUCUUUCUCAGAGACCCUGCUCAUCCCGAGCAAAAAUGUCUUACUCAGAGACACCGCUCCAUCCCGAGCAAAACCGUCUUACUCAGAGACACCGCUCAUCCCGAGCAAAACCGUCUUAUUCAGAGACACCGCUCCAUCCCGAUCAAAAAUGUCUCAUUCAGAGACACCGCUCCAUCCCGAGCAAAACCGUCUUAUUCAGAGACACCGCCUCAUCACGAGCAAAACCGUCUCAUUCAGAGACACCGCUCCAUCCCGAGCAAAAAUGUCUCAUUCAGAGACACCGCUCCAUCCCGAGCAAAACCGUCUUAUUCAGAGACACCGCCUCAUCACGAGCAAAACCGUCUCAUUCAGAGACACCGCUCCAUCCCGAGCAAAAAUGUCUUAUUCAGAGACACCGCUCAUCCCGAGCAAAAAUGUCUUAUUCAGAGACACCGCUCCAUCCCGAGCAAAAAUAUCUGACUCAGAGACACCGCUCCAUCCCGAGCAAAAACGUCUUAUUCAGAGACACCGCUAAUCCCGAGCAAAAACGUCUUAUUCAGAGACACCGCUCAUCCCGACCAAAACCGUCUUAUAUAGAGACACCGCUCAUCCCGAGCAAAAACGUCUUGUUCAGAGACACCGCUCGAUCCCGAGCAAAACCGUCUUGUUCAGAGACCCCGCUCCAUCCCGAGCAAAAACGUCUUUUUCAGAGACACCGCUCAUCCCGAGCACAAACGUCUUAUUCAGAGACACCGCUCCAUCCCGAGCAAAAACGUCUUAUUCAGAGACACCGCUCCAUCCCGAGCAAAAACGUCUUAUUCAGAGACCCCGCUCCAUCCCGAGCAAAAACGUCUUGUUCAGAGACACCGCUCCAUCCCGAGCAAAACCGUCUUGUUCUGAGACCCCGCUCCAUCCCGAGCAAAAACGUCUUAUUCAGAGACACCGCUCAUCCCGAGUAA